AUGGCAUUGGAAUUUACUCUCCCCACAGCUUUGAUCCUGAUAGACAACCAAUCAGGUCUCUGCGAUCCAAAGACCAUAUCUCAUUGGGGUACCACACGGUCCAACCCGAGCUACGAAACCAAUCUCCAAGCACUUCUCUCUACAUUCCGAGCUGCGAGAUCCUCAUCUUCAACACCGCUAGAGGUGAUUCACAUUUUCCACUCCUCCACUACCCCGGAAUCUCCGCUCCACCCUUCCAACCCUAAGGGUAUCCGUCCUCUAGACUUCGCCACCCCUGCCUCAGAUGGGUCGGAGGCUGUGUUUUGGAAAAAUGUCAAUUCUUCAUUUAUCGGAACAGGACUUGAGGUGCAUUUGCGUGAAAAUGGCUUUCGUCAGCUCAUAAUUGCGGGGUUGACGACCGAUCAUUGUGUUUCAACUACUGUGCGAAUGGCGGCUAAUUUGGGGGUUGUGGAUCGGUAUCUUGGAGAUGGACCAGUCCGGCUGAGAUCGGAUGGAACUCAUGAAAAUGAUGUCAAAGUUGAAAAGGGGCGUAUCGUGCUUGUCGAGGAUGCCACGGCUACGUUUGGAAAGGCUGGCAUUCAUUCGGAGACUGUUCAUAAGGUUUCUGUUGCUAGCCUCGAUGGUGAGUUUGCGGAUGUGUUUACCACAGAGGAGGUCAUUGAGGCAUUGAGCAAGAUCCAGAGCUAG